UUACAGGUUUUCGCAAGUGCCGAUGGAGUAUAUCCUAUGUUUCCAAGAUAGAUGUGCUCAUGCAAACUCGCUUUUGGUCUAUGCUAGCGCGCCCAUGCGACAUCCCAAUACAGAGUGUUGCUACGGUUGCAUACGCAAGCCUGGCAAGGCCUCAGUUGUUACCGCCCACUAGGUAUAACUCAUUCCAUCAACUCCCACAACACCAUUCUCGUCGAGCACACAAGUGCCCGCAGCCAGCCACAUCCCCAUUUCAACCGCUCAUGCACACCUCAGCCCUGACCGCCAGCAGCGCGCCCAGCUCAGCCAUCACAGCUACCGCUCUGCUGCACGUGGAGGAGGAGCCGCCUGCACCCGACCCCGACGGCUGGCGCCUGCUGGGGGCGCCCCCUGAGGAGCUGCAGCUUGACUUCUGCCUGCCCACCGGCCAGAGCUUCCGAUGGCGCCGCACGGGUGACGGCCAGUACACCGGGGUCAUCGGGAACCGCCUGGUGUGUCUCCGACAGCACCCCGACGACGUGUCGUACCGCGUGCUGGCCCGCUGCGGGGACUGCUGCUCACCCGCCUCCCCCUCCCCCGCCCCCUCCCCGUCCCCCGCCUCCCACUCCCCCGCCGCCUCCCCCGCCGCCAGCGAUCACGCUGCCCUGCGCGAUUACUUCCAGCUGCAUGUGCGGCUGGGGGGGCCGGGGGGGCUGGCGGCGGUGUGGGCGGAGGCGUGCGGCAGGUUCAGGCAGGUGGCGCCGUACUUCCCGGGCGCCCGCAUGCUGCGCCAGGACCCGCUGGAGUGCCUGUUCCAGUUCAUCUGCUCCUCCAACAACCACAUCGCACGCAUACACGCCAUGGUGGAGCGCCUCUGCAGCAUGUACGGCACCCCGCUGCUGCCGCCGGGGGACCUGCACGGCGGGGGCGAGGGCGGGGCGGCGGUCCUGGCAAAAGCAGCAGCAGGGGCACCUCCGGUGGAGGGGGCGGGCCUGGCAAAAGCAGCAGCAGGGGCACCCCCCGGCAGCUCCCCCGGUGGCGGUGGCGGUCUGUCCUACUUCGCCUUCCCCAGCCUGGAGCAGCUGGCGGGGGCCACCGAGCAGCAGCUGAGGGAGGCGGGGUUCGGCUACCGCGCCCGCUUCAUCGUGGGCGCCGUGGCGGCCCUCCGCUCCAAGCCGGGCGGCGGGCGGGAGUGGCUGCGGGGGCUGCGGGGGGUGCCGCUGGCGCAGGCGGAGGGGGCGCUGCAGGAGCUGCCGGGCAUCGGCCCCAAGGUUGCCGCCUGCAUCUGCCUGUUCAGCCUGGACCAGCCCGCCGCGCUGCCGGUGGACACGCACGUGUGGGCGCUGGCGGGGCGGCACUACUGCCCGCAGCUGGCGGGGCGGGCGCCCUCGCCGCGGCUGCACGGGCUGGUGGCGGGGGCGUUCAGGGAGCGGUUCGGGGAGUACGCGGGGUGGGCUCACAACACGCUGUUCAUCUCCGAGCUAGCCAGCCAGCAGCACCGCCUGCCGCCGCACCUGAGGGAGGGCGGCAGGGGGGCAGCAGGGGGAGCGGGAGGGAAGGGGGCAGGGGGGGGCGGCAAGAGGAGGGGUCGCAAGCGGCUUGAUGAUGAUGAGGAGGACGAUACGGGGGCGGAGGAGGAGGAGCCUGGGGUCAGCAAUGGCACGGCUAGUGGCGGCAGUGGUUGCGGCGAGGAGGGGAUGGAGGAGGCGGGCGGCGGGGCGGCUGCGCUCACUGGGCGGGGCAACAGCAAGCGGGGCGGGGCUGCCACUGCUGCUGCUGCUGCUGCGCGAAGGAGGG